AUGAACGCCAGAGACGAGGAGUAUAUAAAGAUGAAGAAUUUCCAGUAUCGUGAUACUAUUGGCGCUGGUGCAUGUGGUGUCGUAUAUCUAGUUUAUGAUCCCCAAUACAAGACUGAAUUUGCUCUGAAAACUGUUGUUGAAUCAAAGUUUAACCAGAAUGAAGUUGAUUGUAUGAAGCAGGUAGAUGACCCUAAUGUUAUUAGAUUGUAUCAUUAUGACUAUUAUAAAGGCUGUGUUUACAUGGUAAUGGAGUAUUGUGCAACAUCCCUUGAGAAAGCUGUAAUAAAGAAAAACGGACUCCCAUAUAAUUUACUUAGGAAAUAUUCCAUUGGUGUCCUUAAAGCUGUCAGAGCAUGCCACAAUGCAAAGAUCGCUCACAAAGAUAUCAAGCCUGUCAACUUUUUGAUUGACUUCUAUGAUAGAAUCAGAGUGUGUGACUUUGGUUUAUCUUCAAUACACUCUGGAAAUGAACCUGACCAAGUUUUUGUAGGAUUUGUCCCCUUCAUGCCUCCGGAAAUAUUACUUCGUAAACCACAUGAUGCAUUUGAAGCUGACAUAUGGGCUAUUGGCGUGACCUUCUUUAUAAUGGCCACAGGUAGACUUCCUUGGAGUGGAGACAAUAGAUCUACAAUUUGUCAGAACCUUCUCAACUUUGAGCCAAGAUUAGAUCUUAUAGAAGAUAAGGUAUACGCUGAUGUUGUUAGAUUGUGUCUCUCAAAGAAUCCUGAUAACAGACCAACGAUUCAUGAUUUGCUUUCCUUAAGCAUCUUCAAAGAAGUUCAAACAAUUAUCCAAAAGCAUCCGAGAAGGGCUCAGCUCCUUAAUAGUAGUAGAAUUGGAUAUUUCUCUCAAGCUUCUCUUAUUAUCCCACCAAAACAGAAACGAGCUAAGCUUGUCCAGAGCUUUUAA